AUGGCUUUGAGAUUUUGUAGUAAAAUUUUGUUUAUUUUCACAAUAAUAAAUGUGAGUGCGGAAGAAAAUUCAACAUACAGCGCCACUGAACUUUUAUCAAAAAUAUUUCGCUUUGGCGAUAACCAACUUCAAGUAUAUCAUUCUAAUCCAGUAAGAGAAGCAAACGCAUCUUAUGAUGUAUCUCCAGAUGAUUCUCAAGAUAUAGCUCAAGAUAAAUCUCGAGAUUUACCUCAAGUGGAGGGUCGUGCUAUAGGGAGAAAAAAAAAGAGAAGACAGAGAUAUCCCGCCGAUUUUGGGGCCCCGUAUCCAUCCCCGUAUCCUUAUCCUGGUAAUGGAGGACAUUUUUAUGAACGUCCGUCAUUCGCCUCCGAAGCCCUAUCGCGGCUGACCGAAGCCCUAACCUCCAUAGCGCUGUACGACGACUACCAGUGCGUGCCGCGGUUGUUAUGCGAAGCGGGGGGCGGAGCCCUAGGCAGUGGUAGUGCUUUGCCUACGGGACUACAACCAUUGCUUACUCUUUUAUCAGCCUACGGUGGGAUCAGCUCCAAUCCGCUCUUCGUCUUCGGCAGAGCAGUUCUCCUCGGAGUGUCAUCCAAAGAAAACCCCUCUGCCUGUCGCUACGCCUACCCCCAGUGUCCCUCCGACCCUGAACAACUGGUCCACUACCUCAACAACCAUAACGGAGGCUUCUUUCGAUUCUUUAACUCGCCACAACAAGGUCAACAGAAUAUACAACAGUUUUACAAUCACUUACAAAACUAUCAGCUCGAUCCACAAAAUACACAACAAUUUUCUGGUGAUAAUGGACAGCUAAAUCAGAAUUUUGGCUAUGGGCUAUAUCAACAACAAAGUUAUGGAAACGAACAGCAAAAUAAUAUAAAUUCUGGUUAUGGUUUUCAAAAUCCUAAUCCUUAUUUGAAUAAUGAAAACAAGUACGGUUUUGCAUAUCCAUAUAAUGAUAGACUUAAAAAAGGUUAUAAAAUACAAAAGAGGAUCCAGAAUAAGCCAAAUAGUAUUGAAAAUGAUGAAUAUCCAAGUAAUAAUAACGGUAAAUGGAGCUUUCCAGAUAAAGACGAUUUUGAAGAAUCUGAAGAUGAUUUUAAUACUGUUAAAGAUACUAGAGAAAGUAAAACAUUAAAAUUUCCAGAAACAAAUACAAAUUAUGUUCAAGAAUAUACCAGAAAAACCAGAGGUUUUGUGUUUCCAAAUAAUAUCAAUUAUUAUACAAAUUAUUAUGGUCAAGGGGCUGAUGAUAAUUCUGUAAAUGAAAAUAAAGUGAAUGAUUAUAAUACCAAUAUGAAUAAAUAUAAUUACAAUACACAAAAAUACAUAUCAAGCAAUAAAUAUAAUAAUUAUAAUAAAGGCAAUGAUGGAUAUGUGACAGUUUAUGUAGUUAGAGGUAAUGGGGAUCCAAACAAGCCAGAAAUUAUUAAAUUGAGACCGGGAGAGUCUUUAUAAAUUAUUCUUAACUAGAAAAUCAAGCUAGUGUUAAGUUUAUUAACAAUUAUUGAAAUUGUCUUUGUUAGCUUUUAUUAUUUAGGUAGUUAUAAGCUACAAGAGCUAAGUGCUAACCCUUAAGUGUUAUCUUUCCUUCGUCGUUGUGAUUCUGGACACGAAAUAUAAUCUAUUUUUAUAAUAUUGAAGAAUACAUUAUUA